CAGGCCCCCAACAUAUUACCUGCAGUUCUCGGCUCCAACCCCCACCCUAAGCCGAACAUCACAUCACCACCUCACCACAUCCCAUUUCUCAAACACAAUGGAGUCCAAGCCAAACGAAGACAAGAAAACCGCCCUGGAACACGUCCACCUCCCCCGCAUCUCCAUCAAAUUCUGCACCCAGUGCCGAUGGAUGCUCCGCGCCGCAUACUUCGCCCAAGAACUCCUCUCGACAUUCAGCACAGACCUAGGCGAGGUCGCUCUAGUCCCCAUGACCGGAGGCAUCUUCACCGUGACGAUAUGGCAUGGCACGGUAUCGGACGAUGGGCAUAUUACCACCCAGGAGAGUAUUCUAUGGGAUCGGAAGCGGGAUGGGGGAUUCCCCGAAGUCAAAGCACUCAAAUCCCUCGUGCGGAAUGUUAUUGCCCCCGAGCGGGAUUUGGGACAUACGGAUCGUGCAUUGAAGGCCCAGCAGAGUGGGCAGAAGGAGAAGAUAAAAGAGGAGGAGAGUAAGGAUGCUAAGGCUUGUGAGGAUUGUCAGUAGGUGAGAUUUGGGGUGUUUUUUACCCCCUGGUUUUGGUACUUGGUGUCUUGUGUAUGGUACAUAGAUUUUACUUUUUAGAUGCUACCGUUAUUGGGAGAUAUCCCAUAUAUGUUGAAUUGAUGAUGAAAGUGAGCUAAGGAUCUCGGGCAUACAGUAGAUAUUGGAUCCCCUUCUAGGUACCUGAUAUUGGUAUCUCUCACUUGCAAAGGUGUGGUUGGGACAUUCUG